ACAUAUAUACCAAAUUCCAAAUCACAAAUUCACCAUAUCAUGUGAACAAAUCUUCUCAAUUCUCUACAUAUUCACACUAAUAACAUAUCCUCAAGAACCUACCUACUCUAAAUGGCACCUUAUACUUUCACUUCCAACUCCAAAUCACAACCAAAAAAACUCACUCUUCUCCUCAACACAUCCUUCCUCUUCAUCCUGUUUUUUUCCAUCAAACUUUAUAUCAAUCCUUCAAAUUCUAAUUCUCAUUUUCAUCAUGUUUCCUCAAAACUCUUCAACCAUGCUAGAAUUCUCACUAGUGACAUCCUAGUUGAUUCAUGCUCAGAACUUCACAAUUACUCAAAUUACACUUCUAAGUGUAUUUAUGUCAAAACACAUUCUGAUUGUAGAUCAAAAGGUUACAUAAACUAUCUUCAAAUCUUUUAUUGCAACCUUGGAAAUUCACCAAUUCUUGGUCACACACUACUUGUUUUAUGGCUAGUAGUUUUAUUCUAUCUUUUAGCCGACACAGCUUCAAAUUACUUUUGCACAUCUCUAGAAGGUUUGUCUAACAUCUUAAGACUUUCUCCAACCAUAGCUGGUGUAACAUUACUCUCUCUAGGUAAUGGUGCUCCUGAUUUCUUUGCUAGUGUUGUUUCUUUCACAAGUUCAAACAAUGGCGCGGUCGGUUUAAAUAGCAUUUUGGGGGGUGCAUUUUUUGUUUCCACAGCUGUUUUAGGCAUAAUAAGUUUUAUAGUUAGUUCCAAUAAUGUUUCAGUUGAUAAAGCUAGUUUCAUUAGAGAUGUCAUUUUCUUCCUUUUCUCUUUGUUCAUUCUUCUUAUCAUCAUUUCCAUCGGAAAGAUUAGUCUCUUUGGUUCAAUUUGCUAUCUUUCUAUCUAUUUUCUUUAUGUUUGUGCCGUCUCGGCCACACAUUUCAUCUACGAAGUUGACAAAAAGGAAGUUGAAUCUUCAUCAUCUUGUGAUGAUUUAGUUGAAUCCGGCAUACCAUUAUUGGGUUAUGCCGACGAUGAUACUGAUCAUGAUAAUGAUUCUCCUCAGAAACCGAUUUUACAAAGUAUUGAAGUAAAAGAGGAGAAGAAAGAAAUUUUUAGUACCUAUUACUUGUGGAAGUUUCUAGAAGUACUUGAAUUACCACUUUGUUUACCAAGAAAACUCACUAUACCGGUUGUGAGUGAGGAAAACUGGUCGAAACCCUACGCAGUUUUAUCAGUUACCUUAGCACCAAUUUUAUUCGCAAUUCUUUGCAAUACACAAAUGGAAAAUGUGGAUCCAAAGAGUAGUUUAGUUGCAUAUUUAACAUCAUCCUUAAUUGGAAUUGUCUUUGGAAACAUGGCAUGUGUGACAACAAAGAGUACAAGACCACCAAGAAGAUGUUUGUUUCCUUGGUUAGCUGGUGGAUUUUCAAUGAGUGUGACAUGGACUUAUAUAAUAGCUGAGGAACUUGUUUCACUUUUGAUUUCAAUUGGAUAUGUAAUUGGUGUUAGUCCUUCAAUUUUAGGGUUAACCGUUUUGGCUUGGGGAAAUUCUCUAGGUGAUUUGAUAGCAAAUGGUGCUAUGGCUAAAAAUGGUGGUGUUGAUGGUGCACAAAUUGCUGUUUCAGGUUGUUAUGCUGGUCCUAUGUUCAAUAUCUUGAUGGGAUUAGGGUUACCUCUUGUUCUUUCAGCAUGGGGUGAAUACCCUAAUUCUUAUGUUGUUCCUAAGGAUAGUUCACUUUUGGGGACAAUUUUGUUUUUGAUGGUAGGGGUACUUUGGUCACUUGUUGUUUUGGUUAAGAAAAAUAUGAGGCUUGAUAAGUUUUUAGGGGCUGGUCUCUUGACCAUUUACCUUUGUUUCUUGUUUAUAAGGUUAGCCAUGGCAAUUGGUGCUCUUAACUAAUUGUAGACUCAUAUGCACUUUUUAAUGGAAAAAAAAUGUCCAAUUCAUGAAA